CUCACUCAAUCUUCAGUCUUCCUGAAUUCAACAUUUACUCAACCAUUUACAGAUUACUGUUAGUUAAUCACAAUUCAAUUUUUAACCAGCAACAAGUUGAGAUUCAAUUGAAACUCAACUCUUCUUCAACCCAACAUUAUUCAAGAAACCAACUGUUAAGUGACCUUUCAUGUGAAUUUUUAACAAUUCACUUUCAGUUUUUUUUUCCGCUGGUUAACCAAUUGUUCAAUUUCACUUCUCAAACCACCGUAAUCACCAUUAAUUCGUGCUAUGAAAUUCAGUGAAACUUGAUUCAUCGCAUAAUAAUUUAUAAACACUUUGGAUUAUACCAACAAUCAACUGGAAAAGGCAAUUCCAGUGUGGUUUGUGUGAAUCUCAUUAUCUGUGUAAAGUAGAUACAACAACAGGAUAAACUUUUCUCUUCAUUUUAAUUGUAACUUUACUGUUUAACUGUGCAAUUAACUGACCAACUAUGGAAGGACCAUCAACAUCAACUUCUUCUGGAGGGCGAUUUUUUUUCGGUGUACUCUUCACAAUCUCUGAAUUGUUGCUCUUUGGUUCUGUAUCAUUAUUUGUCUAUUGGGUUAUCUGGCAUGAUACAGGUUUUGCUUGGAGCAAAAAUCGCAAUGAACAGUUCAACCUUCAUGCCAUUCUCAUGAUAAUUGGAUUUGUAUUUCUCAAUGGACAAGCAAUGCUGGUUUACAAAUUACUCCACCGAUGUCGUAAAAUAUACGUCAAGAUUAUCCAUUGUAUAAUAUUUGUCUGCUCCAUAUCAGCCAUUACCAUUGGUAUGGUUGCUGGAAUCCAAGCUCAACAUAACAUGGCUCCAGGCGCUACAAUCAGGCACUUUUAUUCCCUCCAUUCAUGGGUUGGUUUAGUCGCUAUCGGACUCUUUGCUCUUCAGUUUGUUGCUGGUUUUGUUUCAUUCUUGAUCUUACUCUGCUGUGAUAAAGCAACAGCCAAUUUCCGAGCUCGACUCUUACCUACUCAUGUCACUUUUGGCCUGAUCAUUUACAGUUUAGCUGUAAUUGCAUCAAUUUCUGGUUUACUUCAAGUUGCGAGAUCAAGAUUAAGUGGUAAAGAAGGUAAACCCAAUUAUAAGGAGUUUGAAGAGCCAACAAUUAUUAUUAACGCCGUUGGAUGUUGUUUGAUUGGAUUGGCCAUUUUACUUCCAUAUAUCAUUCGUAAUUGUGGACAAAGAUCACGGCACAGUCCAAAUUUCCAUAUAUCACAUUAGUCCUACUUACAAGAUGCGUGAACAAAAAACAAAUCAACUAAAUUAAUUACUAAAUCAAGUGAAAAGAUAAAUCAUCUCAAUCUUUUUUUUAUCGCCUCACAAAAAGCCAUCAUAAUCAUGAUCAUCAUCUCAUUUGACCAGUUCAUCAAUCACCACAAUCAUCAACCAAUAAAUCAACAAGCUCAUCAUUUUUAUAACGCAUUUACCUUUCAUCAUUUUUCACUGGCAAAAAUUUCUCAAUCGUUCCAGUUUCCAGGGAAUCCAUAUUUUGAUGACACAAUUUAAUUUCUCUCAUGUAACUCUUGUAAUAAUUAACGCUGGAUUGAGUCACGUUUCUAUUAUUGUUAACCACCAAUUGAUGCGCCGCUGGAUUCAUUGGAUUCAUGUUUGACUUUGACUCGACUCUCAUCAACAAUUGCUUACACUUUUACAAGGCGUUUAUAAUGAAAUCUAAUGAGUUACAUUUUGUAAUCACAAUUGAAAUUGUUGCUAUUAACCUUAAAUUAUCAAAAAUUGAUGCUCGAGAUUCACUACUAUCAUAACCCUGGACUCCAACAACUAUACUUUUAUAAUACUUUGAUUGUUAUUUGUAUUAAUCUAAACUUGUUUUUGUCUUUUCUAUCUGUUUAAUUUGUCUGUAUAAAUAUGAUUAUUACAACAAAA